GGGAAAAAACAUUGUUUUUAUAAUUAAGAUUUUUAUCUAAAACAAAUUUAAAACAUCAAUCCCAAACAUGUGUCACACAUAUUGUCGGCGGGAAUAUUUGUCAAUCCAACAAAAUUUGUUAAUCCAACAAAGACUAAGUGCAGAUUCAUUCUUUACUUAAAUUAACACCAAAUUCAUCAAAUAUUAGAUGCAAAUUAGCAUCAUUCUUUGAUCACUAUGGCCAAAUCCUUCCCAAAAUUCAACCUUUCCAUCUUCUUCUCCUUCUUCAUAUCUGUCUUUCUUUCAAAUUCCAUCCCCUUUGCAAAUUCCUACCAUGAAUUCUCAACAAUCAUCUCAAAGGAAUCAAUGGGACUUAAAAGAGAAAAGCUAAGCCACCUCCGCUUCUUCUUCCACGACAUCGUCGCCGGCGAAAACCCCACCGCCGUCAAGGUAGCCCAGGCCGCAGCCACCAACAAAUCCGCCACCGGGUUCGGGAUGAUGGCAGUGGUCGACGACCCACUGACCGCCGGCCCGAACCUCUCGUCCAGGCUCGUCGGGCGGGCGCAAGGGGUGUACGCGUCGGCCGCCGUCGACGAGGUCGGAUUGUUGAUGGUUCUCAACUUCGCGUUCGUGGGUGGGAAGUACCGCGGAAGCUGCCUGAGUGUGCUGGGAAGAAACGCCGUGUCCUCCGCCGUGAGGGAGAUGCCGAUUGUCGGCGGGACUGGGCUUUUCCGGUUCGCUCGCGGCUAUGCUCAGGCGAAGACUCGCAUUUAUGAUCUCACCACCGGAAACGCCGUCGUGGAGUACAAUGUUUACGUUUUGCAUUAUUAAUGGUUAAAAUAUACCGAGUAUAAUUACUUACACUUUUUUAUUUAUCUAAAUAAUACUCCAGUAUCUCAAUAAUGUUUAAUGUGGGAA